UAACAAAUUUCUAAAUCAAGUGAAUAGUUUUCGUCGAAAAGUCAAAUAUAAUUCUCAAAAUUCCUUACUCCCUCUCAACAAAAUCAUAUAUCAAAAUUUAAUGUCGAGAAACACCAAAAAAGGAAAUCAAAGCAUGCAUAUCAAUUUUCAAUUUAGUCCAAAGGAAGGUAUGUCCAUCUUGAGUCGAUUUAGAGGGAAGUCUAGUAGGCUUGUCAUGCUGCCUUGAAGCGUAAAGUAGAGUCAAUGACGAAGAAUCACAUAUGACACCCGAUCCUCCAGUCUAGAGUUAGGGUUAUUAACGGCCGCCAAUGACCGAAUGAAGCUCUGCAUGAUGUAUCAUAUUAGAAAUGUCGAGAGAGUUUAGAUUCAGUCUCUAUACGUUGAUAACGCUGAUGGAAGCAUAAGCCAGCAUCUCACCAUAAGCAUCUAUCUAUCCACCAAACUUCCCUGGGGAAAAAAACAAGCAAGUUCCAGGGUUAACUUAACCUAUAUGAACCUAAAAGCACACUUUCAAACUUUAAACAUGGAUAUGUACAUAUAUCAUCAGACACUGACCGGUUGGUUAAUCAGAGUCAAACCAUCCUUGAUAAGGCACUGUAGUGUUUCCCUACCUUGUUGACCAAGUCAUUUGCGAACACCCUUGUCUCAAGAAACAGCACAAAUGUCGCCUCCUCAGUACUGCUUCAAUCUUGAUUUAUCAGAAGCAAAAGAUAAUACUGCCUUUUAGUUUUGAAUUCCAGUAAGUUGACAUGAGAUUAGGCAUGAUUUGGUCAAAGUUUCUGUGAAAUCAAAUUAAAGGGCAGGCAGUCCAAAUUGUUUGUAGUCAUGCCUGACAUGGAGAGCUUCUUGCAGAUCUUCUCUGUUCAAUACUUCAUAAUCUUCUGUUUCACACACGCAUCUGUCCCCUCUGAAAAUUCAUGUCCAUCAUCAACCAAUGCAACCAAAAUUGAAUUUCUUGGAGAGUCAUGAGCUGCUAAAUUAACAAAAACCCUAGGGCACUAACUUUCUUCACGACUUGAUGAAGCUGUGAGUGAGCGAAUUGACGAUAAAAGCUUGGAUCUUUCGAACUUGGAACCUCCGAUUUCCCUUGACGACGGUCCAAACAUUGCAAGACAAGUACCGGCAGAGACAUCUGGAAGUCAAGGUCAAGAAUCUUUGCAGAGAGCCGACCAUCCACUUCGUUAGAACCCAUGGUAAAUGGAGGACAGAGUCUAUCUCUCUCGGCCACUGGGCGCCACUGCAGAAAGUUUGCAUUUAUUCCAUUGUUUCUUUGUGGAAAAAGAAAAGUUUAACCGGAAGAUUGAGACCUGAGAGCAAGGUUGUCAAACCGGUUUAUGCCAGUGUGCCGGUUUAGCAAGUGGAAUGGUUCGACCGGUGGCAUAUACCGGUUUGUGCCGGUUCAUGCCGGUCAAUAUUACAAAUAAAAUUAUAAAUACUCAUUUUAAACAUAACAUUUAACGUCAAUACCUAAAUAUUUAUACUUGAAUCCAACAAAUAACAUCAAUAUUUAACAUUUAUACUCAUAAAAUAAAUAAUAAAAUAAUUUUAACAAUUAAAGUCACUAAAAUAAGGUUAUUUUACUUAGAGAUAUGUAUAUCGAUCAUGUCGGUCAUACCGGUGGUAUCACGCCGAUUUUGUGACCAGUAUAGGUUGAACCAUGUACAACCGGUGGCACACCGGCCGGCGUGACAACCCUGCCUGAGAGUUUACUACUACAUUUGGGCCGAAACGGAAGAUUGAGAUCGGGCCCAGGACGCUAAGCGGAAGCAGGCUAAAGAAUAACUAACCAGAUGGGCCUAGAUGUUGAAACUCGCAGUCCUCAGUCGAGCUCCGCCGGCGUAUCUCGCCGCGGUAUUAGAUGGAACAAGAAUCAGAGAGAGAGAGAGAGAAAGAGACAGACAGACAGAGAGGCCGACGCCGGCGGAGUCGGAGUUCCUCCGUCUCUAGAAAACCACGGAGAUGAUGAAAUUAUACCGGCUCCAGGCUUGCUUCAACCGCCCUAGCGAAGGUACAAAAUCCUGCUGUGGUUUCCCUGUUCUGCUAAGAGAUGUGAUUUCCUUAUUCUGCUGUUUCUAGAUGGAAAUCACGUUUAGAAGACAGUAGUAGUAUUGCAGUCUUCACCACUAGGAGACAGUAGGAUUGUGACCACGCUCAUGUGUCAUUCGGCCUCUAGAGUAAUACUCCUGGCAUCAAUAGCGGACUAAAAAUCACCCUUAAGAAAAGCAACUAACGAUUAACAACAAUAAAAUGGCCUUAGUUCUUGUUCUGUGGAACUAAGGGCUUUCCUCUAUGGAAAGCAUUUAGAUGGAUAUAUGGGUCAUAACAGCAACAGUAAAGAUAGUUUUGGUUACAGGAAUUUGUUGCCUGAUGAAGAGGACAAAUGGGUAGGACAGAAGUUUGUUUAUUGGUUUUACUCCACCUAAUGGCCUACCAAGCCGGCUUCCGUUGAUGGUACCUUUAUUUGCAUUUCCUAUGGUUGCAAACUGACUACUUUGCCACUCCUUACCAACAUGAGCAGACGGAACUUUACCGUGACAAUCAGUCUGCAAUUCGCACUACAAAUAAUCCGGUCUUGCAUGAACUUACUAAGCAAAUAGAAGUUGAUGCUGCUGCUGCUCGACGACAUGUUCUUUGGUUAGGUAAGUUAGUUGUCUUUUUCUUGGCUACUUAUCUUAUAGGUUGAAAAGGGUACUGACAAGGAUGAACAUAUAUAAACUCUGUUAUUGUACAGGUGUCGGAGGCAAUGAAACAGUAGCCGACCA